AUGGGUGAUAAGCUCAAGGGUGAGUCUACCGUCGCAGCGACCAUCUUCUUCAUUUCAGCUCUGACACUCGCCAAAUGCUCAGUCCUCGCGCUUAUCCGUCGCAUCAUCGCCUGCAAACCCGGUAAAAGCGAGAUAUUCUGCACGGCCCUCUUGGUCUUUACAGUGCUUUGGGGCACCGGCGCGUGUAUAUCUUUCCUCGUCGACUGCGAUGUCAAUGGCUUGCUUGACGCAAAUAACCCAUGUACCCAUCAGAAAGAACGCUGGAUAGCCAUCGCGGUCCUCGACAUAAUGUUCGAAGUGCUCACCCUCGCGCUUGUCUUCCAACUCGUCGGGUCCGUCAAUCUUGCCUGUAAUCGAAGAUGGCAAGUCGUCGUCGCAUUUUCAUUCCGCCUCCCGCUCCUCGCCCUGUCGGCCGUGCACGUCCGAGCAUUAGACUUUCCCUCAACCGUCGAGCCACAGUUCAACAUCACAAAAGCCCUGAUGAUCCAACAAAUUAUGGUCGCUUGGUCUCUCAUCUCUGCAACAAUGCCAAAUCUCAAAAACUUCAUGAAGUCGUUUCGCUUCAACAUUGGCAUGAACUUUGGAGUCGACACGUCAGCGCCAAGCACGCCCGAAUCGAUAGCGCUGCAAACAUUUGGUGGUUCCACGCCUAAUUCACCUUCGCCUACGGGAACGGUUUCGAGUAACGGGCGACCGUAUAGAUGGAGACCAGACAUGAUAUCGCACCGGACAACGGUCACGCGUGGGAGUGAUAGGAGCAGUUUGGAUGAUAUCACAGAAGAGGAAGAGGUUUCUCGGGGGGGAAGUCAAGAUUUGAUUAUUAAUAAGGAAGUAACGUGGAAUGUCACCUUUGAGGAUACCCGAGGGUAG